AUGACUGGAGAAAAAGAAUGCCCUGUUCCAAAGGCAACUGAUACAUUUAUCUUAGGAGAGCUCAUAGGAACUGGAUCUUUUUCUAAUGUUUAUAAAGCUACCAUAAAAGGUGAUGAUGAUAGCAUAGCUAUCAAAGCUUUCAAACUACAUAAGAAAGAUGGAAAAGCAUUUGAGAGAGCUGCAGCAGAAAUGGCUUUCUUGCAGAUCUUGGAUCAUGACAAUAUUAUACAGUUUAUACUGUGUAAUUUAAAUAGAGAGUACAUGUAUCUAGGAAUGGAAUACUCAGAAUUCGGUAGUAUAACCAAAGUUAUGGCUAAUGGAGAAUUGUAUUCUGAAAAAAUAGUUCAGGGUAUUAUGAAUCAAAUAAUGGCAGCUCUCAACUACCUUCAUGGAAGGUACAUCUUGCAUGGAGAUGUGAAACCAGGCAAUAUAAUAAUCAUCAAACCGGAUCCAUAUGUAAUCAAGCUUAGCGACUUUGGUUUGGCUGAGGUACUAGUGGAUCCAGUUCCAUGUGUGAAAAAAAUGGGAUCUUUUUAUUACAUGGCCCCUGAAAUACACUUAGGAUUUCCUGCUGACCUGACUGCUGACCUGUACUCAGCUGGCGUAGUUAUGUACGAAUUACUUUUUGGAAGAACACCAUUCCUGUUGAAAUCAACUAGGGAGGCCUUCACGACAGUCUUGAGGAAAAGAACCAGUGUAUCGUAUGCGCCUAAUGUCUAUAUGGGUUUAUCUCAAGAAUGCAAGGACUUCAUGAGAGAUAUGCUGAGCUAUGAGAAGUAUAAACGCCCCCUUGGUGAAGCACUUAAACAAUACCCAUUUAUCCGCCUUGAAGAAAACAGAAGCCGAUCUAUAGAUUAUUACAAAAAAGGCUGUGAUACUCUCACCGAGGCCAUUGGAUUAGUCGAAAGUAAGCAGUUUGGUCCUGCUUGUAUAUCACUGACACAUGCUAUUUUGCUCCUGGAGAUCUAUGCUAGAUCUGUUUUCGAAGAUGAAGGACUCUAUGCAUAUAUGUGUGACAGAUUGAUACAAUACAGACAGUUCAAUAAGGAGAUUGAGAAAAGGUUGCUGAGCAAAGAUGAUCGGGAGCCGCUUUAUAUGCCUUUGAACAAUGAGCAUCUAAGAUGCAUGCUGACUACCACCCCCACUUUGGCAAAUGCAUUCGAUCUGUGUCUAGUAGGAGAAAUGUAUGUUCGCCAACAGAGUAUCCAAACAGGAGGAAGAAUGCUUCGUAGUGGAUUAGAUAAACUGUUCACCAAUCUACGUUUGGAACCCGAUUCAGAACGCAAAGGAUUAUUGUUCGCCAAGUACCGAUCUCUACAUUUUGCUUUUCAACAAAAAGUAGUUCACCUCGUCGCUCAUAUACACCGCCACCUACUGAAUAGAAUUUCUAGCUUCAUUGAUCUCAUAAGAAUAGUUCAUCUUGUUAGUGUAAAUAAUCAAUGGUAA